UGGCCGCGCUGUGCGGGAACGCCAUGCCCCGAGAGCCGACUGUUCAGUGUGAGCCUGAACCCGGGCCAUCUCCAGAGUGGUUUGUCAAACACAAUCUGACCCCAGGAGACUUGAGGGACCUCCAAGUAAAACUUGUUAAAACCAGUUUUGGAGGGGAGGACUAUUCCAUUGUGAUGAAUGUGAGCUGGAUCCUGCGGGCAGAUGCCAGCAUCUGCUCUUUGAAGGCCACCAAGAUCUGCGUGACAGGCAAAAGCAACUUCCAUUCCUACAGCUGCGUGAGGUGCGAUUACACAGAGGCCUUCCGGAGUCAGACCAGACCCUCUGGGGGCAAAUGGGCAUUCUUCUACGCAGGCUUUCCCGUGGAGCUGAACACACACUACUUCAUCGGGGCCCAUAAUAUCCCCAAUGCAAAUAUGAAUGAAGAUGGCCCUUCCAUGUCUGUGAACUUCACCUCACCGGGCUGCUCAGACCACAUAAUGAAGUACCAAAAAAAGUGCAUCGAGGCAGGAAGUCUGUGGGAUCCAAACAUCACAGCUUGUAAGAAGAACGAGGAGGAGGUGGAAGUGAGUUUUACUCCUCACUCACCCGGAAAGAGAUACAUGGUUCUCAUCCUACAGGACACCAUCAUUGGGGAUACUAUGCUGGAGCUGCAGCAAGACACACUAACGCGGACCUCCACAGUGAUCUCGGUGACCGGGGAGAGCGAAGGGGCUGUGGUCCAGCUGACCCCCUACUUCCCCACUUGUGGCAACGACUGCAUCCGCCGCAGAGGUGCUGUCCUGCUCUGCCCACCCACAACCGCCCACCCUGCUCCAGGCAGCAACAGAAGCGUGCUUGGAGACUGGCUGUCUCUCCUCCUCCUGUCUCUGCUGGCGGCCGUGUGGGUGUUGGCGGUUGGGGUCUACCUAAUGUGGAGGCACGAACGGAUCAAGAAGGCGUCCUUUCCUUCUCCCACCCUGCUGCCCUCCAUCAGGGUCCUGGUGGUUUACCCACCUGAGGUGUGUUUCCUUCACACCAUUUGUCCCUUCACUGAAUUCCUCCAAAACCACUGCAGAAGUGAGGUCAUCCUUGAAAAGUGGCAGAGAAAGAAGAUCGCCGACAUGGGCCCGGUGCAGUGGCUCACCGCUCAGAAGCAAGCAGCGGACAGAGUCAUCUUCCUUCUUUCCAAUGAGGCCAGCGCCGUGUGUGAGGGCCCCUGCGGCAAGAGCGAGGGCAGCCCUGGUGAGAACUCUCAAGACCUGUUCCCCCUCGCCUUUAACCUUUUCUGCAGUGACCUAAGAAGCCAGGCUCAGCUGCACAAAUACAUGGUGGUCUACUUCAGAGAGGCUGACCCCCAAGACGACCACAGCGCACUCAGCGUCUGCCCCCAGUACCGCCUCAUGGAGGACGCCACUGCUUUCUGCAAGGGACUUCAUGUCAAGCAGCCUGUGUCAGCAGGGCGAAGGUCACCAGCCUGCCACAGCAGCUGCUGCUCCUUGUAGCCCACUCAAGAGAAGCAAGAGACCUUGAAGCCUUCCUGCCCCUCCUUCCAGGAGGACAAGCACGUGGGAUGACCCUGCAGUAUAUGGGUCCUCGUAGGGAGGGUGACGAGCACACCACUUGAGCAAUGGGAACUGAGCGUACAUACCUUAGUCUGGUAAUCAGACUUUUAGGCCGGUAAAAUUGUUACAGGGCCAGCCCUGUAGCCCAAUGGUCCAGUGCUGUACGGAGGAAACUGGAUCCCACAGGACUGAACAGAUUAAAGUCUUGGUCCUGAGGGCACAGAAGACUGCCAGCUUGUGUGUGCCCAGGAUCCUAACAGGAGAGUUGGUGGAAAAAGGACCAUGGCCUGACUAGGCCCCAUUGGGGGAUAUUUCUAAUUUCUUGCUUUCAUGCCUUCUGACAUUAUAUAUAUAUGUGUG